ACGAGGCAACAUUUUCUGAUGUCUAGAUGGAGUUAUGCAAGGAUGUAAGUGCUGUCAUCUUCAUUUGCCUUUGUUCUUUAGAUAUCUUUUCACCACAAUCGGGAGUGUAAUUAUAAACUAAAAUAUUAGCGCCAUAAUAGAUAUUUGACAAUGAGGAGGUGGAUUAACAUGUCUCCGCAAGUUGUUUCACCUUUCAGCUGCGCCCUUUUAAGUCUCCGUCUAACCUUGAACACAAAUGCAAAAGAUCCUCCCCAUCUGAGUUAUCAGUAGGCUGCAUUAUCGCUCAUCUUCCCUCAUCAUCUUCCGCACCUUCUCCCUCCCUCCUUGUCUGUCCAUCUCCUCCCUCUGCGCCUUUUUACGCACGAAACAAGUCAGAGCGCACACACGGCUGCCGGAGAAAACAGGAGAGACAAUAGGCAGUACUUUUGGUCAUCAUGGUAUUUGGAUUUUUACCGUAGGCAACAUGCUCGCCGCACUGUGAAGUACAGGUGGACAAUCUGUAAUCGCGUCUGUUCAUUUACUAGCCGAAAGUUUUCCCCAGGUUUUUAAUGUUGCCAACCGAGAUUUCAGGAGGAGUGUGUUUCACCUCAAGCGAUCACACUGAGGGAAGGAGAGAAGGGAUGAAAACAGAGGAGAGCCAGCAGUCCUGUCUGCAGCAGCCUCCAUCCUCCACGCCGUUUGGUCCCGAGUACAGAGGAGGGGGAGAGGUGUGCGCGGGCUGCGAGUCUCCCAUCGCCGACCGCUUCCUGCUGCGCGUGAACGAGCGCUCCUGGCACGAGACCUGCGUCAAGUGCGCCGUGUGUUUGAGCGCGCUCACCGGGACCUGUUACUGCAGGGACCGCCUGCUGUACUGCAAACACGACUAUGAAAAGUUGUUUGUAAGGAAGUGCAGUGCCUGCCUGCAGGUCAUUGGACGCUCUGAGCUGAUAAUGCGCGUGCUAGGCCAGGUGUACCACCUGGGCUGCUUCAGCUGCUGUGAGUGCGAACGCCGGCUGCAGAGAGGUGAUGAGUUUGUGCUGAAAGAAGGCCAGCUGCUCUGCCGUAUGGACUAUGAAAAGGAAAGGGAAAUGCUGGCUGCCAUUAGUCCCACACCAACUGAAUCAGUGAAAAGUGAGGAUGAGGACGGCGGAGGCGGCUCUGGCAGUGGGAAAGGUGGCGAUGAAAGCAAGGAGCACAAGCGUUCAAAACGACCACGCACCAUCUUGACCACACAGCAACGGCGAGCAUUCAAGGCCUCCUUUGAAGUGUCAGCUAAGCCCUGCCGCAAGGUGAGAGAGACACUUGCUGCUGAGACUGGCCUGACAGUGCGUGUCGUGCAGGUGUGGUUUCAAAACCAGCGAGCCAAGAUGAAAAAGAUAGCUCGCCGACAGCAGCAGCAGCAGCAGCAACAGCAGGAGCAAGAGCAACUGGGGGGGACCAGGAGAGGACCGAGCAGAGGGGGCCGCCAAAGCAAUGAUGACAGUGAGGAUGGAUCUAGUACCCAUGGCAUGGAUGGGAUGCUGGGAUAUCCGUCUCUGCCACGUCAGCAGCUACUCGCUCUGGACCCCAACAUCUAUGGUGGAGAGCCCUUUCGACAUGGGCUCACACCGCCUCAGCUGAACAGCGAGCAGCUCCACUCCUAUGACUCAGAGACAGUGUUUCAUGACCUGGACAGUGAUGGAAGCCUCAGUCACCUUGGCGACUGUCUCUUAGCAACAGGGGAGGGUGGUCUCUUGGCAGGACGAGUGGGAAACCCCAUUGACCGUCUCUAUUCCAUGCAGAACUCCUACUUCACCUCCUGA